UUUCAAUUUGAAGCAUUCUCAUGAAAAGUGUACCUACACCAUAAAGCACCAAACAGCUCUCUCUCCUAUUCCUAUUCCUAUUCCUUAUCCCUCUCCCUCUGCUUCCUACAAUUUCUACUCUCACAGUAAGUAACCCCUUCUCAUUCUCACGCUCACUCUAGGGUUUUCCACAUGCCACUGCAUACAGCCCAACAAUGCUUCAACAAAGGAGAUGACGUAGAAGUGCUAAAAACCAACCCUUUUACCAUCUGGUUACCCUCUACCGUAAUCCGAUCAACCCCAUGUAAGAAAACCAGAAAUGGUCAAAUUUACGUUGAGUUCCAGACCCUUUCCGCCGAGGAACCUUCUGGAAGCCGGAGGGAGUACGUAAACGCCGGUGAUGUACGUCCUGCACCUCCACCGGAGCUUCACAGGUACUUCAAGGUUGGUGACAAUGUCGAAGUUCUUUACGAACAAAAAGGGUGGAGAAAAGGGAAGGUGACUGAUAUAUUGAAGAAUUCUAUGUAUUUCGUUUCACUUGAUGGUGUAGAGGAAGAAAUUGUUAAAGCGGAACAAUGGGAUUUAAGGGUUUAUCGAGUCUGGGAUGAUGGUUCUUGGCUUCCUCCUCUUGACUUCCAACAAAUGCCCCAGAAAAACAGACCAGAGGUAGAGCUGAAGUCAAGAGGGGUCAAACUCAGGAUAAUGUGUAGCCGGUCUUGGAAGGAUGUAUUUAGCGAAGGGAUGUCUGUGGAGGUGAAACGUGAUAUAGAAGGUUGCUAUGGUUCAUGGCAUACUGCAGCUAUUGUUGAAUCUGUUGGCUAUGACAAGUUUUUGGUUGAAUACGAGAAACUGAAAACCGUGAACGGAACUCAAUUUCUCAAAGAAGAGGUUGAUGCUUCAUACAUCAGACCUUGUCCACCUGAAAUACGAUCAUUUCAUCAAUAUGAACAUCAUGAUAGAGUAGAUGCUUGGUUGAAUGAUGGAUGGUGGGAAGGUCAUAUAACAGAAGUUCUUGGUGGUUUAAAGUAUACAGUUUGUUUGAUGAACACAGAGGAUGAAUUUGUGUUUGAGCAUUCUAUGCUAAGGCCUCGUCAAGAAUGGGUCAGAGAGAAAUGGCUUACUGCCAGAGAGUUUGAUAGAAGUUCAUCUGACAUGACACUGAAGUCAAAGGAGCUGAAAAUCAGGAUAAAGUGUAGUGGAAGGACAUCGAAGCCAAAGUUCAGCAAAGGGAUGAGGGAGAAGUGAGAAGUGAUGAA